CGACGAAGCAUUCAGUUGGACACACGUUCGUUGUCUAUAUCCAUUGACGGGCUUCGUGGCUGUCUCGUAGCAAAAGAGUUGAGAAUCAUGGCAAGUGCGAAAAAGAAGAGCCGCAAGUCGGUGACCCCACGCAAGGAAUCCAUAGGGGAAGAGUCGGUGGCGUCGGCCGGAUCUCGAACAACUCGCCAGGACAGGAAACGGCGUAACAGUGACGCCACUACGGAUGCCUCCAACCCGACUAAAACGCCAACUCGAGCAUCUAAAAAGCUCGAAUCUUCAAAUUCAUGCAAAAAUUCCAAGCGCAAGAGCCCGCAGGUCAACGUUGAACAACACAAAACCCAGAAAAUGCAAACUCCGGAAACGCUAGCAAUUGCUACCCCAAGCAAAUCGAGCGCAACCAAGUCAAAAUCGAGCACUUCCCGAAGGAAGAAAACUUCACCACCCACCAAUACCGUGAUUGGAGUCAAGGCUCCCCCUACACUCGACGUACAGGUGCAUCGUCUACGGCAUUUGGGCUACCACCCCAAGCCGAUUGUCGCGAUGGCGGCAACGCCGCCGUCCGUUUCCGAAUCCUACCUGGCAAUCGCCCGCGACAACGGCUCGGUGGAGCUCAAGUCCGUGCAGCAAAAGUUUCGUACCAUUGCAACGAUCGCCGGAUUUCCGAGUCGAAUCGUUACCGUUAUGACGUGGGUACACGAUUGCGGCGAAGAGUCGUCUCCGAACCCGGCCUCGUUGCCAAAACUGGUCGGCGCCUCCAGAGAUGGAUCUCUAUUCUUCAUUGACUUUACAACAGGACAAUUGAGCAAUACGAUUUCGAGUGGAGGAGGUGGUAUUUUUUGUCUAGCAACUCUCGGUCCAUAUUCCAGUUUUGUAGCCGCAGGCUGCGAGGAUGGAUCCAUCCGUAUAUACGACGUGUCCGAUAAGCCGGUACUCCUGUCCACAAUGCCUUCAACCGGGGCGGCAGUCUUGGCAUUGGCCUGGCAUCGAGGAAUAAAUGCGGCCAGAAACAAUUCAAUGGCCGGUACAACCAUUUUUGCUGGAGUCGCCGAUGGGACAAUUCGACGGUACGAUUGUGUCUCCACCGAAGGCACCAACAAGAACAAUUCGUCCCGGAUUUCUUGGAAGUCGACACUACGCAUGACGGUGGAGAAUUUUGGUCGCAACAUCCCAACACGAGUAUGGAGUAUAUCCAUUCUAAAGGAUGGUACAGUCGUAUCGGGAGACUCACUCGGACACGUUCAGUUCUGGGACGGCGACAGCGGUUCUCUCCAGCAAACCUUUAUCCAAAAUGAUGAGAAGGCGGACGUUCUAUGCAUGGCCGUAUCUCAGGACGAGGACAAAGUAUUUGCCAGUGGGAUUGAUUCACGUGUUGUUUGUAUUGAAAGGCCGCCGAUGACUCCGGGUGGCGAUGGUCUGGCGGGUCGGAAAUGGACCUUAACACAUGCUCAUCGGCCUCAUACACAUGAUGUCAAGUGCAUGACUGUUUGCCAGCAACACAAGGCUAUUGAAAGGGAAGGAAAACUGAAAACAAUAACGGUUGAUCUUCUUUGCAGUGGGGGUAUGGAUACGAAAGUCUGCUUAUAUCAGGUGCGUGAGUUUCCUACUCGACGGCCACUAACAUUAUAUCCUUGGCCGUCGUCGAGUCCAAUCAUGUUGGCAAAGCAAGCUCGCUUGCUUUUGAUGAGACGUGAAGAUCGAGUUGAUCUGUAUCGCUUAGGCCCUCAACAAACAGGUGAUUUGAAUACCCCAGUUCUCGUGCCUGAAGAAGAAACGCUGGUGGGAAGUGUGCAAGUGAAGACGCCGUCGAAUUUGGCGUGCACGGCGAUUAGCAACGACGGCUCACUUUUGGCGAUAUGCAACGCUGUGUCUCUCCUUGUCUUCCGGAUCGCAUUUAGCGAACAAGGUACUAUGACACCGACAAGAAUACCACAGGACUUUUCUUUUCUUGGGCCAUGCAACGCAGUUCGCUUUACUCCAACUAACGAUCUUGUAGUGGCCACAGCCGACGGGAAGAUUCAAAAUCUUCCUUUCACGCCAAAUAUGGCAGCUUCAGCGACAGAAUCGAUGUACGAAACGAGAGACGCGGUGAAACAGACCAUAAUCACGCAAGCCUCGCAAAACUCGCUAUCCGUGGAAUCCUUGGAAAUUUCUGUUGAUGGUCGAUGGAUGGCUACCAUGCAGAGUGGUCUUUGUGGCGAAGACCGUAUAUCACUUUAUCACAGCAGCAGCCCGAGAGAAAGCUUCAGCCAUUGGUGGACAAUUCCUCCGUUGGAUACCGCUGUUUCUGCUAUUGCAUUUUUGAGCAUUGACUCUCCAGUGUUGGUGGUGGCAUGCUGUAACUACGCAACCCCUUGGAGCGAAGAAGCUGGCUAUCCUCUGGAUAAGGCGAUGCCACUGGAACUCUCAAAUCGAAACGAUUUUCCCGUGCGCCUUGCCGUCAACCCCACCUCAGCAUCCCAAUUUCUCGUGGGCUCUUUCGGUGCUUUCGUGACAAUGUCCAUGGACAAGAGCUAUCCCAAGUUUUGUCGAAACGUUCCAGAGAUACAUGUUCGUGGGCGCAAACGCAAGCGAUCCCUGUCCGUAACAAGUUCAGAUGAAGUUGAUCAGAGUGCAGCAGCUUGCACUUGCUGUUUGCGGUACAAUAGCAUGCUCUUCGUGGACUUCGUCGAUGAGAACGAAAUGGUGGUAGUCGAACAACCGUGGAUGAGUGUUGUUGCUACGUUUCCACAAGGGCUCCAGCGUAAAGUGUACGGGGCUUAGUCUUAGGCUUCGGACAGAAGCGAUAUUGCUGCAAUUCUGUCGAUCGCAGAUUUAAAUAGGGAUCCAAAUGGAUCAAUUGACAGUAAAAGCAACGAGAGGUGCAGUCAAUGGCUUUGACUGUAAAUGCAGUUAUGUAAGCUUCCAUAUCAGAUUCAGACUAUUGGAAGGUCUCUGUUUAGUGCUCGUAACUGUAAGUGAUAGCGAUACAUCAUCGAAAUGAUGUGACUGCGAAGCCGACUGUUUAAUUUAUUAAGCCUUAAAAAUUUG